UCGAUCGUAGUAACUUUUCUCUGCAUUCCUAAGCACACGACGAAAAUACACGUCUACCGUACGCGAUUGGUCGGCGGCCGUUAAGGUGGAGCCGUAUCCGAUCUUCAUGCUAAUAUCUUGAAGCUUCAGCGAGUACGCGUAGCGAUCGUACGGGAGCCUCGUCUGGGACUUACCCCCGUUUCGCUCGGCUCCGUCAACGGACGGAAAGCAGGAACGUGGAAUUUUACGCGCGAUGUUGCCGGCCAGCACUAUCGGUCGACCGGUCGAAAUCGGCCUUCGUCUUACCGGGAUAUGGCCGAAUUCCUCCAUUUUCUUCAGACUGCUUUGGUCAUUGGUGAUGGGAACAGUGGUGAUCUUCCAGUGCCACUAUCUUCUGACGCACUUCAGCUCCGACGAAUUGUUGCAUCUGAUAGAUGGAUUGAGUACCGCUUUGCCGUACAGUCUCCUCUUCUUUAAGCUGAUUGUUCUGUGGGUCAAUAACCGAAUAUUCAACGAUAUCUUGACGGCGAUGUCCGACGACUGGCGCGAGUGUUCCAACAUGCACAUCAUGAUCGACAAGGCAAUCCUCGCGCAUCGCUGCUCGAAAUUCACCAUCGGUGUUUACUUGACGGCGGUGUUGCUUUACAGCACUGCGUCUAUCAACCUUCGUAAGCAGACCGACGACGAUUGCCGAGAGUUGCUUAUAAAAAUGGAGUUGCCCUUUGUGUUCUGUGAAUCGCCAAUUUACGAGAUCGUGGAAUGCGUGCAAUUUAUUCACCUAUUGGCGGUCGCCUCCGCCAUAGCUAUGCUCGAUGCAUUAAUGGUUACGUUGAUGCUGCACACUGGUGGGCAAAUAGAUCUCAUGCAACAGGAAGUGGGAAGGAUUUACCCUAAAGAUAACGAAUAUGAUUUACCCACUGCCAUUGUGAGAUCCUUAAUCAAUAAACACCAUAAGAUUAUCGGCUUUUCGGAGAACAUCGAGACUCUUUUCUCUCAGAUCGCAUUGAUGCAAUUUUUUUCGAAUACGUUGAUCAUAUGUUGCAUCGGAUUUCUCAUAGUAACCUCAAUGGGUACAGAUGAAGGCGUCAGGAUGUUAGUGAAGACCCUGUUUUUUUAUAUCGCUAUUACUUUGGAAGCCUUUAUUUUUUGUUUCGCUGGUGAAUAUCUAAGUAAUAAGAGCACAACGAUUGGCGACGCUGUAUAUGAAUCUAUGUGGUAUACUCUCAAGCCUCGGGAUUGCCGCAUUUUGCUCCUUGUCAUAAUGAGAUCGCAAAGACGGCUGACGAUCACUGCGGGCAAAUUUUUGGAUUUAUCAUUGCAAGGAUUCACAAACAGUUUGAAAGCAUCUGCAUCGUAUGUAUCUGUUUUAUAUGCAAUGUAUUAAUACCGAAGAAACUUAAACUCGCAUAUACACGCUGUGAGAAAGUCAAAAUAUUCUUAAUUUCUUUAUACAAAUUUAUUGUACAAUUUAAUAAUACACAUCGUGGAUACAAAUGAAAAAAGUUUAAAUUAUUUUCUUUAUUUAGAUCUUACUCGAUCUCGUGACACAAAUGAGGGGGAAAUUGAUAUUAGUUUUAUUAUGAUUCAUUACUUUCAGAACAACAUAUUUUAGCGUAAAUAUAUUGUCGUUUUCUUGUUAGGUAAAACAUCUGAGAAAAAUAUCUAAAAAAUUAACUGUACAGAAAUGAGAUACAACAAAAGACAUAAAAAUGUGUAAAAAUAUUUGAAAACUUUUAUGCUAUAAGAAUUAAAAAAAUAAUUU